AUGAUCACAUCUUCCAUUUAUGUAAUUCUUAAAAUAUGCCAAUGUUUACAAGUAAUCAUAGGAAUCUCAGCCAACAGCUUCCUCCUGUUCCACAUCUUCAUGCUUCUUCUGGAUCACCAGCCUAGGACCACGGACUUAAUCAUCUGUCACUUGGCCCUUGUCCACAUAAUGAAACUCUUCAUUGUACUGUUUUUGUUAUGUACAGACCUAUUGGAAUCACUGAACUUUCUGAACGAUUUGAAAUGUAAGAUUUUAUUCUGCAUGAACAGAGUAAUGAGAAGCCACUCCAUCUGUACCACCUGCCUCCUGAGCACCCUCCAGGCCAUCAUCGUCAGCCCCAGCACAUCCUGGUUGGCCAGGUUUAAACAUAAGUGCACAAAGUACAUCUUCCAUUCUUUUCUCCUCCUAUGGUUUCUCAGUUUGUCUCUCAAUAGUAACUGCCUCUUAUAUACUGCUGCUGCUUCUAAUGUGACCCAGAACAAUCUACUGAAUGUCAGUAAAUACUGCUCAUUUUCCCCCAUAAGCUCUCUCAUCAGGACACUGCUUCUCACUUUGAUAUUAUCCAGGGAUGUUUUCUUUAUAGGAGCCAUGCUGCUCGCAAGUGCAUACAUGGUGGUUCUCUUGUCCAGGCAUCAGAGGCGGUGCCGGCACCUCCACAGCACCCGCCUCUCCUCACGAGUCUCCCCAGAGAGAAGGGCCACCCGGACUCUCCUGUUGUUGGUGAGUUUCUUUGUGGUCAUGUACUGGGUCGAUGCCACCAUCUCCUUCUCUGCAGCUCUGUUAUGGAGCUAUGACCCUGUCAUACUUGAUGUCCAGAAGCUUGUGUCCAAUGUCUAUGCCACUGUCAGUGCAUUGGUGGUAAUUUGUUCUGAUAAAAAUAAAAACGUGUUUCAAAAGUGUGGGAAAAUUACAAUCAGUUUGUAA